AUGGAUUUGACGUACCAGAGCAGCAGAAGCUAAAGCGGAUAGCCAAACAAGCGGCAUAAUAUUUUUACUACACCUCAAAGCAAUCAUGCAAGAAGUGUCGCAAGCGGAUCGUCGCAGGGGUGUCGAUAUCGUGGAGUAAUAUUCACUCCUUUAUCCAUUUCCAGUUGUCGCUGAACUUGUAGCGACUAAAGCAGUGCAGUGAAAUAAUAAUAAUUAAACGCCACUGGAAGAUAAACAGAAGGAAAGCGCUUGCUCGCCUCUUUUCAUGCAUUUCUCAACAUUAGAGGUUUAAACACCAUGUCCUGCUCUGGCAACCUCAUUUGGGAUGUGAGAAAACGCACCAUCGGAUGCACAGAUCCAUGCGCGGUCAGGACAAAUUAUUUAGGCAGAAAAGAGUUUGUGCAGCGACUGAAGCUUGAAGCCGUUCUCAAUGUGCACGAUGGAUGUGUUAACACAAUAUCCUGGAAUGACACAGGGGAGUACAUCUUAUCAGGUUCAGAUGACACUAAAUUGGUUAUCACAAACCCUUACAACAGAAAGGUCAAGACAACAAUUCGUUCAGGACACCGGGCCAACAUCUUUAGCGCAAAGUUCAUGCCCCACACUAACGAUCAACAGAUUGUGUCCUGCUCAGGAGAUGGCAUCAUUUUCUAUACACAUACAGAGAAGAGCCAAGAAAUCAACAGACAGUGCCAGUUCACCUGCCACUAUGGCACCGCUUAUGAGAUAAUGACGGUGCCAAACGACCCUUACACCUUCUUGUCCUGUGGAGAAGACGGUACAGUGAGGUGGUUCGACUUGCGCAUGAAAACUAGCUGCACAAAGGAGGACUGUAAAGAUGACAUUUUGAUUAAUUGUCGGAGAGCUGCUACCUCAAUUUCCAUUUGCCCCCUUGUCCCCUACUAUCUUGCUGUGGGAUGUUCUGAUAGCUCAGUAAGGAUCUAUGACAGAAGAAUGCUUGGAACAAGAGCUACAGGUAACUACAUGGGCAGAGGGACGACAGGAAUGUGUGUACGUUUCGUCCCAGCCCACCUGUCCACCAAAUCCUGCCGCGUCACAUCACUGUGUUACAGUGAAGAUGGACAGGAAGUGCUGGUCAGUUACUCAUCCGACUACAUCUACCUGUUUGACCCUAGAGAUGACCAGGCCAGGGAGCUCAAAGGACCUUCUGAUGAGCGGAGAGAGGAG